UUCAGUUAAGACGGAGAUUUAUCCUGAAAUGUUUCUCCACAAAGACACCAUGAGAAGUAGAAAACUGUAAGCUCUUCAGCCUGAGUAAGGAAUUGAAACAGGAACUCUUUGUUCAGAGGAGCAAAAUGCAGAAUCGGACUGAACUUUCUGUCAAUGAAACGUCCCCAAAAAGCUUCUCUGUGAUCGUCAAGGUGUGUGUGGUGAUCCCGUUGUUCUGCGUCUUCCUGUACUUCAUCGCUGUCAUGCUGCAGAUCUUUGCCUCUCAUAAACAGUUUUUGGACACUUCCCGUUACAUUCUGUUUGCACACAUGCUAAUCAAUGACACCCUCCAGAUCCUAUCUUCUGUGCUACUCUUCCUCUGUGUGAUGAGUCAGGUCAAGUUACCUCUUCUGUUCUGUGUCCCGAUGCUCUUUGUAUCUACUGGUACCUUUCAGAACACCACUUUGAUCCUGGCUGCCAUGUCACUGGAGCGUUAUGUUUCCAUUUUCUACCCUCUGCAGCGCCCGAACUCCUGGCGCUCAGACCGUAUCUGGAUCAUUAUUCUGCCUCUGUGGAUCAUCAGCUUCACAUUCCCCGCUAUUGAGUUUUCCAUUGGGAAGCAUAGUCCCAAUGUAGAUGUCCUCUCUACAAACAUGCUUUGCAAAAAUACUGUUAUUAACUCAUCGCCAAUCCAGGGACUGUAUCGGCUGGCUGUGUAUGUACUUUUCUUUGCAGUGGUGGGUGUUAUCAUCCUCUUCACCUAUAUUAGGAUCGUGAUGGAAACCAGGAAGAUGCGGCAGGACAGAGCUUCAGUGAGCAAAGCCAUGCACACCGUGCUGCUGCACGGCUUCCAGCUGCUGCUGUGCUUGCUGGCUUUUACUCUGCCCAUCUCUGAAACUCUCAUUGGGCUCCACACAAACUGGCCAGCUGAGGAUGUCACCUUUUUUAAUUAUUUCUGCUUCAUUCUGAUGCCUCGCUUUCUCAGCCCGCUAAUUUAUGGCUUCAGGGAUCAGAAUCUGAGAAAGCACAUUGGGAACAGUUUCCUCUGCUGCUCAAAGAAAGACAAACCCUUUUUCAAAUAG